UCUUCCAAUGAUCAGUGUCCCUUUUUUUACCACUUUGUUAUGCCCUUAAAACAAAUGGUCCCUCACCAAUUCUUUAUCAGUAAUUUAAAAACAAUGGUCCUAACUGCUAUGUGAUGCUCCCAAUUGUACACAGCAUUGAUGCUCGUCAACUUCCCCCCUCCAACCCACUUGAAAGCACCGUUCUACCACCUCUCACCACAGUAUACCUCCCUUAUGUACUUCCUUUGCAUCUAAUCUAAGCCUCCAAAACUCUCUCUCUCUCUCUCUAUCUCUCUAUCUCUACUAUAGGACAAUCAUUAUUUCACAAAGGUCUUCCAAAGAAGACUUUUACAAAGCCAAAAAGUUUGGAGUGAGGAGGGAAGGAAAAAAUAGAAAGUGUCUUUUUGAGAGAGGAAGCAAACCAAUUAAGCAAAGGCAAGGAAAGCACAUCUCCUUGUUCGUUGUGAAAUCAUGGGUUGCUCAGCCUCAAGAACCAUCACCAUAGUGGCCAACAGUUAUCCAGAUCAGGAUCCCUCUCCUUCUGCUUCUCUUGCUUCUUCUUCUUUCUCUUCCUCUUCUGCUUCACACUUUAACUCCAACAAUUCUUCACCCCCGGUUAGAAGAAGAGCCCUUUCUCUCCCAAUGCCUCUUGUCCAUCACCCUCCCAUCAAAAAGGGCGACACACACCACCUUGUCUCCCUCACCUCCACCACCUAUGGCUCCCUUCUUCUCAUUGACCAAAAAGACCCCAACUUGACCCCAAAAAACCAACCCCACCUCACCAAAACCUCAAACCAAACUGAGAUAGAACACUCACUCUCCCCAGACUCGGUCAUCAACACUUGGGAACUCAUGGAUGGCUUGGAUGAAGAAGAAGAGGAGCCACAAGAAGGAAUUGUGAAGCCUCCUAACAUUUCUACUUUAGACAAGCCAAGUUCAUGCAGGUACACAGCAUUCGAUGGGUCUGCAAGGAAGAAACUGCUUGAUUCCUUUGAGUCACUGAAAACUUCACAAACAGUAACAGAAAACUCUUCUUCUCCAGCAUCAACCAAGAAGCCACUUUGGCAGCAUUUAUCUGAGGAAGCAUUGCUUGCUAAGUUGGAUCCAAGUGUGGCUUGGAGUUACAGGAGAGCAUUAUCAUCGAGGCAACUUGGUAGAAACACUUUACCUAGAGAUAUCAGGUCAAUGGGGUCUAGCCCUUUGGUAUUUUCUCCUUCUUUUUCAUUUUGUAAGAAUAAUUUGUGCCGUUUGCCUGGCACUGAGGACAGAAUAGUGCUUUAUUGUACUAGUUUGAGAGGGAUCCGGAAGACCUAUGAGGAUUGUUGUUCAGUUAGGAUGAUUCUGAGGGGCUUCAGAGUUGCGGUUGAUGAGAGGGAUAUCUCAAUGGAUUCAUCCUAUAGGAAGGAGUUGCAGGAUGCUCUUGGUGGCAAGGCAGUGACCUUGCCUCAGGUCUUUAUCAGAGGGAAGUAUGUGGGAAAUGCUGAUGAGUUGAAGCAUAUGAAUGAGUCUGGAGAAUUAGCAAGGCUGUUGGAAGGAUUCCCCACCCAGGAGCCUGGCUUUGUCUGUGACAACUGUGGGGAUGCCAGGUUUGUGCCAUGCCCCAAUUGCAAUGGUAGCAGGAAGGUGUUUGAACAUCAAGAAGGAGGGUUGAGAAGGUGUCCUGAUUGCAAUGAGAAUGGCUUGAUUAGAUGCCCAGGUUGCUGUACAUGAUUGAUGGAAAUUAGUCCUGUGAAUCAGGUAUACCAGAUUCACCGAGACUAUUUUUGUAUCAAAAUCAAUUUUAAGAUGUUGAACUCUCUCAGCAUAUGUUCUACACAGAAAAGCAAUUAUUGAUCACAAGCAUACCCUGGAUGAUCAUGUUGGUGCUGUGUUUGUUCAUUCAUUGGGGUGGAAUUUACAACCACCAAGAAUGCACCUUUCAGUUUCGUCCUUUGUUUUUAGUCAGUACUCCCAGUUGUUAUUUGUUUUAUGUCAGACUUUUGCUUUAUUAGUGUUCAUUACCCUCUGAACAGCAGAAAAUAAAACUGACAUGCUUAAUUUCUAAUUUCAA